AUGACUCCCACAUCCCCUGCUGCGACUGCCUCGCCCUCGAAUGGACCUGACCAGGCGAGCGACAGCUCCGGAAUCGAGCCCGGAGCUGGUGGCAUCGGCUUGUCAGAUCCACAAUUCUUGACUGUGCGGCGCAAGCUUCUUGAUCUCAUCAACCGAUUGCACAACACAGGCGUGCAACGGGACGUCGAUUUACCCGUGAUAGCAGUCAUUGGGAGCCAGAGCGCAGGCAAAUCGUCGCUCAUAGAGUCCAUCUCGGGUAUCACGUUGCCGAGGGCCACCGGUACCUGUACAAGGCAAGUUCAGUCUCAAUUAGAUUGCAUCGUCUCGCUUCGCUUUGUCACCGACCAGCACGGUCAGGCGCUCGGCCAUGCGCGCAACGAGCCUUUCGGGGAAGUCAUCCACAACAAGGCUGAAGUCGAGGAGCGCAUCAGGCGUGCACAGCGUGCUGCCUUGAACCCCAGUGUCAAGCCUUCCCAGUUCCUCCAGGGAGCUGAUGUGGACCCGGCGCACCCAGAGCUCUCGUUCACGAUGAACUGUGUCUGUCUCCAGAUCCGCGGUGGUGACGUUGCUGAUCUGUCCUUCUGUGACCUUCCCGGUCUUAUCAGCAGCGUAGGCAAGGGUGGAAAGGAGUCCGACAUCGGGCUCAUCACUAGCCUCGUCACUUCGUACAUAUCGAAGCCAAGCUGCAUCGUACUCCUCACUGUAGCAUGUGAAACGGACUUCGAGAAUCAGGGCGCGCACCAUCUCGCCAAGCAGCACGACCCUGAAGGCAAGCGCACCAUAGGCGUACUGACCAAGCCAGACCGUAUCCCUUCCGGCGAAGAAGCUCGCUGGACUCGUUUCAUCAAGAAUGAGUACGAGCCGCUGGACAAUGGAUGGUUCAGCGUUAAGCAACCCGACUCGCUCGCUCUCGCCUCCGGCAUAACUUGGGCAGACGCGCGCCGAAAGGAGCGCGAGUACUUUUCGUCCACGUCUGUGUGGUCUGAGCUCGAUCCAGAAUACCAGCGAUACCUCGGGACGACGAACCUGACCGAACGACUCAGUCAGAUUCUGUCUGAACUGAUAGCGAAGCGGCUUCCGGAGCUGCAAGACGAACUUCAAAAUCUCUUGCAGAAAACUGAAGAUGCUUUGCGCCAGCUCCCGAAACCGCCAUCGAAUGACGCCUUCGCAGAGAUUCUUCACCUGUUGUCCGACUUCGCUCGAGAGAUGUCCAAGCAUCUGGAAGGGACACCGGAGGGACACGGUCUCCUACAGACCCUGAGGCCUGUGCAGGAGCGGUUCAAGAAGGCGAUCCGAGACACGGCGCCUGACUUCCGACCAUUCCCGAAGCCACAACGUGCCAAGGAUCGAGAGACUGAUAUGGCGAAGCAAGACCUCGUUGAUGCCGAUGGGACACAGUUUCAACAACCUGAGUUCUUGCGUGCUGAAGAGCCUGACACUUGGGAAGUAGGCAAUGAUGAUCGCGCUGUGUACGUGGAUGAAGUAAUGGCGCGAGCUCGAGAGGCUACGACACGCGAGUUACCCGACUAUUACCCAUUUGUUGUCAUACAGGAGUAUAUCAAUGCCGUCACCUCCAAGUGGGAUGUCCCGACGAGAAAUCUGUUUGACUCGGUGCAAAAGAUCCUGACGACCUACGUCAAGCAGGUCGUCUCGCGGCACUUCUCGAGGUUCACCCACGGCGGACUACACCAGCAUGUCAUAACUGUGGUCAACGAGCAUAUCAAGGAACGUUGCGAAGAAACGAUCACGAAAGUCCUGUGGUUGCUGGAGCUGGAGCAGCGGCCGUGCACGCUGAACGGCCACUACUACUCCGACUACAGGGACAAGUUCGUAUCGCACUACCGCGCGUACCGAUCCAGCAGUGGCUCUGAUUCCCUGUUGACGGAGCUGGGAAAGCUAAAGUACUCUGGCUCCAAUGGGAGAAAUCAAACGGAGUUUCAGAGGAACACGGCGCAAGUGUUGUCCGGACUAAGCGCGAUCGGUAUCGCUGGUGUGCAGGCAACAGACCUCCCCAAGCUGUUGCCUCCGGACCCAUACGAGCCCGCAUUGAACAUCAUGGCUUGCGUGCGCGCGUACUUCCAAGUGGCCUACAAGCGAUAUGUAGACUACGUACCUAUGGCGGUGGAUCGUGAACUCAUCCUCGGGAUCGACUCGGACGGUGCGCUGGAAAGUGUGCUGUUGAAGGGUUUAGGCAUCACUGGGUCGGAUGGCCCGCGGCGCUGCAAGGACUUCUUGCAGGAGCCUUCGAAUGUCGUCACUCGCCGUCAGGAGUUGCAGAAGAGGUGGGAGAGGUUGGAAACGGCUAAGCAGGAACUAAUGGACAUUUGGCUGUGA